GAGGACGAGACCGGGGUCAGGCGGGCGGGCUCGAGCUACAACUGACUGUUUGCCAUUGCUGUAGUCUAAUGUCUAUUAGGAGAUAGCAGCAUUGGAAUGAAUCUGCCUCUCAGUGUGUCCUAACCUAUUCAAGAUCUCAGCUGCAGUAAGCUUGCGGGACAGAAGAUUUCUGUGUGACAAAUAGAUCUCAAGUCCACUUUUAAGGAAAACAGCUGUUCAGACAUUACCAACCACAAGUGACUUCUUGCGUGCAUGACUAAAUGGAAGUAUCCUGCACAUGGGAUCUCUUUUAGCUUCAGAUUUUCCAGAGCUGAGGCUGUCAUCCCCUUCUGUGGCUGUAGGAAGGUGUAAGCUGUCAUACAGAGUUGACUGUUCAGCAUCUGCAACCUGAAGUCAUAAGCUGUUGUAGUUAGAAGAGGUACCUUAAUUAACAUACUGGACGCUCAGACUGAAGUGCAAGCAUAGCCUGUAAGGAAGAGGCAACUACUGUAUAACUCUUUCUGAAAAUGGCAGAAGCUCAUCAAGCAGUAGCUUUUCAAUUUACAGUAACUCCAGAUGGGAUUGACCUGCAAAUGAGCCAUGAGGCACUCAAACAAAUUUACCUAUCUGGUGUUCAUUCAUGGAAGAAAAAGUUCAUCAGAUUCAAGAAUGGAAUUAUCACUGGCGUUUAUCCUGCUAGCCCAUCUAGCUGGCUUAUUGUAGUUGUGGGUGUGAUGUCGACAAUGUAUGCCAAAAUUGAUCCUUCUUUAGGAAUAAUAGCUAAAAUCAACCGAACACUUGAUACAACUGGCUAUAUGUCAAACCAAACACAGAACAUCGUGAGUGGAAUACUUUUUGGCACAGGGCUUUGGGUUGCCCUUAUCAUCACAAUGCGCUACUCUCUAAAAAUGCUGCUUUCCUAUCAUGGUUGGAUGUUCGCUGAACAUGGCAAACUUUCUGCAGGCACCAAGUUUUGGAUGGCACUUGUAAAACUCUUCUCAGGACGUAAACCCAUGUUAUACAGUUUCCAGACAUCUUUACCACGUUUGCCAGUUCCAGCUGUUAAAGACACAGUCAAUAGGUAUCUGGAAUCAGUCCGUCCACUUAUGGAUGAUGAAGAGUUCAGAAGAAUGGAGGGUCUUGCCAAAGAUUUUGCAUUUAAUUUGGGACCAAGGCUUCAAUGGUAUUUGAAACUAAAAUCCUGGUGGGCCACAAACUAUGUUAGUGAUUGGUGGGAAGAAUAUAUCUACCUUAGAGGACGUGGACCGAUUAUGGUUAAUAGUAACUAUUUUGCAAUGGACUUCCUUUAUUUAUCUCCCACAACCCUGCAGGCAGCUAGAGCUGGUAAUGUUAUCCAUGCCAUCCUGCUCUAUCGGAAAAAACUGGACAGACAAGAAAUCAAGCCAAUUCUUCUGAUGGGAUCUACUGUUCCACUCUGCUCAGCUCAGUGGGAACGAAUGUUUAAUACCUCACGUAUCCCAGGAGAGGAAUCAGAUACUCUCCAGCACGUGAAAGACAGCAAACACAUUGUUGUGUAUCAUAAGGGACGUUACUUCAAAGUGUGGCUGUACCAUGAUGGUAGACUAUUGAAACCCCGAGAAAUUGAACAGCAGAUGCAAAGAAUUCUUGAUGAUGAUUCAGAGCCUCAGGCUGGUGAAGAGAAACUAGCAGCUCUUACUGCAGGAGAUAGAGUACCAUGGGCUAAAGCUCGACAGGCUUAUUUUAGCCGUGGAAAGAACAAACAGUCCUUAGAUGCUGUUGAAAAAGCAGCAUUUUUUGUGACAUUGGAUGACAUCGAACAAGGGUACAGGAAAGAAGAUCCAGUGAGGUCACUGGAUGCGUAUGCAAAAUCCUUAAUACAUGGCAGAUGUUAUGACAGGUGGUUUGAUAAAACAUUCACUCUUAUAGUAUUCAAAAAUGGCAGAACGGGUCUGAAUGCAGAGCACUCUUGGGCAGAUGCUCCUAUUGUUGGACACCUGUGGGAGAAUGUAAUGGCAACUGAGUAUCUUGAACUGGGCUAUUCAGAAGAUGGGCAUUGCAAAGGAGAUACCAAUCAAAAUAUUCCUGUUCCUACCAAACUACAGUGGGAAAUUCCAGAAGAAUGUCAAGAAGUGAUUGAGAGGUCUCUGAGCACUGCCGUAGCUCUGGCAGAUGAUGUGGACUUCAAUUCAUUUUUCUUUGAUGCUUUUGGGAAGGGACUAAUAAAGAAAGCAAAAACCAGCCCUGAUGCCUUCGUGCAACUUGCCCUGCAGCUUGCUCACUAUCGGGACAUGGGAAAGUUUUCUUUAACGUAUGAAGCUUCUAUGACACGCUUGUUCAGAGAAGGCAGGACCGAAACUGUUCGUUCGUGUACUGUUGAAUCAUGCAAUUUUGUUCGAACCAUGGAAGACCUAACUGAAAGUAAUGAAAAUAAGCUUAAGUUCUUCCGGCUUGCUGCUGCCAAACAUCAGCAUUUAUAUCGUCUCGCCAUGACUGGUGCUGGCAUUGACCGCCAUCUGUUCUGCCUUUAUGUUGUGUCCAAGUACCUUGCUGUAGAUUCUCCUUUCCUUAAGGAAGUUUUGUCAGAGCCUUGGAGGCUCUCAACAAGUCAGACACCACAGCAGCACAUUGAUCUAAAGAAGAACCCUGAGAUGUUAUCCUGUGGUGGAGGAUUUGGACCGGUGGCUGAUGAUGGUUAUGGUGUUUCUUAUAUUAUCUUGGAUGAAAAUUCCAUCCAUUUCCAUGUCUCCAGCAAAAUAUCUUGUUCUGAGACGGAUUCUCAUCGUUUUGGAAAAAACAUCCAAAAAGCAAUGGUUGACAUCAUGGGUUUAUUUAACCUUAGUAAAAACUGUACCAAGUGAUUGCCUUAUUGGUGCCAACCAAUCUCCUGUUGUUGGGAUGAGAACUCUUCUGCACAGUGAAUGAGAGCAAGGUUUCUCAAACAGCUGAUGAAGAAACUGAGUCAACAUCUUCUUGAUCACCUAUGAAAACCUUAGCAGUGUAUUGAAAGUUUCUUUUUUUUUUUCUUUUUUUUUCAGUAGUUUGGAAGAGUUUAUUUCCACAAAGGAUGACUUUUGAAAUCUUGUACAUUUCUAGGGAUGAAGUAUAUUAUCACUGCAUGAAGUCAUGUAUAUUCUUAACUCCUGCAGUUUUCUCUUAAUUUGUAUACACUUGCUCUAUUUUUACUUAAAAUUAGUCUACUUGUAUUCCAGAAUCAAAGGGAUAAAACACACCGUCUUAAACUCAGAUACUAAGUUCGAUUUGCUAUGUAUUAAUAGCAGAAUGUUCUUCAGUAUAUCUGUUGCUUUAUGUCAAUGAAUGACAGAACUUGUGGCUGUUUACUUUCAUUGUUUUGGGGGGCAAGGUUUAAGGUAAUUUCUGUAAAACAUACAAAAAAAA